AAGAAUUUACAGUUUUCUACCUUUUAAUUUAUCCAUGUAGAAGCAACAUUCUUUUGGGAUCUUCAAAUUUCAUUUGGUGAUAACACAGGUACCAUCAAUGGCAGAGUUACAUGAUCCGGAGGGAGUAAAUUAUACGCCACAUACAAAGUAAAAAAUAAAACUACAUAUAUACAAAUUGUUAUAUUUCCUUAAAUAACGAACACCUUUGGCGCAUGCAACGGCAAAGGUGAUUCAAAAUUUGCUUUGGUACCAUCUAUGGCAAAUCUAGUUACAUGAUCUAAAGGGCGUCAUUCAAUCUUUCGUCAGAAAAUCAACCGCGCAAAUUAGGUAAACAUAAACUUUUACAUAUACAUAUUGUUAAUUCUCCUUGGGAAAAGAAAACUUCUAGCCGACAGCAGAGCUGACUCAAGAAUUGCUUUAUAUCACAGGUCUGAAUCUCACUUGAAUAUUUUUUGGAUUUUUUUUCGAAUCUCCUUAUUAAAAUUCCUGAAACCGCUACAAGGUACCAUGCCUAUGAUGAGGCUAACCAUAGGUGUAUGUUUCAUGGUUUUGUUCAUGGCAACUCGUGUAUAUAGCUUUGUGGGCAUCACAUGGGGCAGGCAACAAUCACAACAAUUGGUUCCAUCAAUGGUUGUUGAUUUGCUAUUACAAAACAAGAUUCCAGCAUUGAGAUUAUUUACUUCAGCCUCUGAUAUCAUUCAAAUAUUUUCUGGCACUAACAUUAGCAUCUCUAUUUGCCUUGGAAAUAGAGUUGUGAACAAUCUAAACAGGAAGGACCUCGCCUAUACAUGGAUAAAUGAUAGAGUCAACGAACCUAUCAAAAAAGGUGUAAAACUAGUGGAACUAUCUAUUGGGGCUGAGCCAUUUUCGAAUACGUUCUUGAAACAAGCAACAAACUAUGAAGUGGUGAACGUGAUAGAAAUCUUUCGAGAGUGUCUCGAUGAGAUGGAUUUAGGGCAUGUCAUAACAACGACCGCCCAUGGCAUGGACGUAUUAAAGGUUACAAAAGUCCCAUCUGAAUCCGACUUUCGUGACGACAUAAAAGGAUUGAUGCUUCAAUCGUUAAAUUUCUUCAAUCGAACGGGCACAACCUUUCUAUUGAACUUGUUCCCCAUCCAAAUGAUCCAGGAAGUACUGAAUUACCCCAUAGAAUUUGCGUUCUUUGAUAACAAAAGCAAGUUCAAGAUACAAGAUGGUAACUUUACGUACACAAACGUAGUAGAGCUAAUGAUCGAUUCAAUUGCAUGGGCAGUAAAGAAAGCGGGAUAUCCCAAUAUGAAAAUUAUGAUUGGUCAAAUUGGAUGGCCUACGGAUGGAUAUCCACAUGCCCAUAUUAAAAAUGCAGAGAGAUUUCACAAGGGGUUAUUGAAAUUUUUAGCAUCAAACAAAGGGACACCACUUAGGCCAGGGCCUAUAGACGCAUAUCUCCAUAGCUUGUCAGAUGAGAAUGAGUUUAAAACGAUGUUUGGUGCAUUUCAAAGGCAUUGGGGCAUUUAUCAGGCAGAUGGGAAUCCAAAGUACAAGAUUGAUUUCUCAUUACAGGACCGUGACGAAUAUCCCACUCAAGCUAAGGGAAUUGUGACAAUGCCAAAUCGAUGGUGCACGUUCGUUGGGGACAAAAGUGACAUGGAUUUGGUGAAGAAGAAUUAUAAUUUUGCAUGUGAAGCAGCAGAUUGUACAACAAUGGAAGAAGGACCUUCGUGUGGUAAACUCACUGAUGAAUCCAAAAUUUCUUAUGCUUUUAAUGCAUAUUUCCAAAGGAAACAGCAAAAUGAAAAGGCUUGUGAUUUUAAUGGUUUAGGUGAAAUUACAUCAACAAAUCCCUCUGUAGAAGAGUGUGAGUUUCCCGUAGAGAUAUUGUCAUUCCAAGAUCAAGUAGCUAAUAAUGGUAUGGUAAAAUUAAGAAUUUGACUUGGGGGCAUGUAGUGAAAGAUUCCUGAGAAAAAGACAAAAAGGGUCUCUUAUGUAUAACGAUCUAUUUAAAAUAAUUUUGUAAAUAU